AUGAUAGUCAUUCAAGUAUACUUUCCAACCUCAAAUAGUGAAGACGAUGAAAUUGAACAAGUGAAUGACUUGCUAGAUGAACUGCUAGGAAUAACUCGAGAUAACGAUAAUGUAAUUAUUAUGGGUGACUUCAAUGCAGUAGUAGGGGAAGGACAAGACAAUCAAAUAAUAGGAAAAUAUGGUUUAGGAACAAGAAACAGCAGGGGAGAAAGAUUAGUCAAUUUUUGUAAGCAGAACAAUUUUUUAGUUACUAACACAAUGUUUGAAGUACCGAAAAGAAGACACUAUACAUGGGUAGCACCAGGGGAUAGUAAUCGUUACCAAAUUGAUAACUUACUAAUAAAGAGUCGUUUCAAGAAGCAAAUAAUGACAAGUCAUAGUUAUCCUGGUGCAGAAAUAGAUAGCGACCAUAAUCUGGUAACGAUGAAGUACAAAAUAGCACCCAUGAAAAUUACAAAGCGACCCAAACGUAACAUAUGGAACGUAGAAGAAUCCAAAAAUGAAAAAACCAGACAAGAGUUCCAAAACAAAGUUUAUAACAGACUGAUAGCUGCUGGUAUUGAUCCCUCGUGGGAUGAAGUAAUUACCAAUAUUCGACAAUCUGCUGUGGAAUCAAUUGGAUUUAGGAAAUUGAAUCCAAGGAAACCAUGGAUCACAAAUGAGAUAAUGGAUUUAAUAAAAUACCGCAAUAAACUAAAGAAGACUGAUGAUGCAAUGUAUAGAAUAGUAAAAAACCGUAUCACCCAGAAGUGCAGAGAUGAAAAGGAGAAAUGGAUGGAUUUAAAAUGCGAAAAUAUUAAAAUAAAUAUGACAGCAAAUAGAAUGGACAAAGCAUAUGGAAUCAGAGCCGUAACUAGGGUGAGGCGAGCGAGGCGUUUGCCUUUGGCGCCUAAUGCUGGGGGGCGCAAAAAUAUUAAAUGA